CGGCAUAUCAUGUUAUAAAACCAUUAAUAUAAAAUGACAAUAAGAAAGCUUAGCAAAUCUUAUAUAUAUGACAUUUUACAAUUAUGCUAUUGUGAUAGUAAAAAAUGUAAUUAAUUUAUGGCAUUGAUAAUAUAAUAUAAUAUAAUGAAAUACUAUUAUUAAUACGACGAAUAUAUUGAUGAAUAAUAUAAUAAAUUAUAAAUGACGUUAUUGAUAGCAGUGGUUUGAUGCGUGGCCGUUUAAUUUAAAUACACGUAUACAGGAAUAUGUUCCUUCUUCUCUUAUUUUUCUUCAAUUACUGCAGUGUAUAUAUAACUAAACCGCUAAGUUGAGUAGGCGAAUCGGUCGCGGCCCUGACAUUUCACGGGACGCACGAGACUGUGUUUAUGUUAAUCUACGUUACCUUUUCUUGGGUGUAUGAUAUCAUACAGUGUAAUAUAAUGUAUUAUGUGAGUGUGUAUGAGAGUACUCUAUACAGGUCUUUCAGUUCCUGAUUAUCACUUUCUCCGAGAAUAUAUCGAUGACCAAGUGAAUAUUCACUUGGUAAUAUUGCCAAUAUCCGGGCCUGGUCUUUAUGUUAUUUUAAUGUGAAAGACCAUGUCUGGGACAUGAUUUUCAGAAAGAUAAGGAGUUCUACGCUGCUUAUGAAGCUCCGUGAAGUUCAUAAAUAUUUCAGCGAAAAAAUAAAUGGAAUUUUUGAAGACACGUGUAUGUGGAAAAAUCUUUGUACUCCGAGGAUCGAAAGUUGGAUUUAUAAUAUUUUGAAACUGAAAUAUCCUUACAGUAUACUUCGAGGAACUGAUGUUUUGUCCCAUAAGAAUUUCAAAGAUCAUUACAUAAGUUUUCAAAAGUGGCGGCGAGUAUUAACUUUGGCAGAGCCAAACAUUAAUGUCGAUUAUAAAAAUUUUUUUUUGGAGAAUGAAGAAAUAACUUGCACUGAUGUCUUUGCUGGUUACAUAAUUUUCGGAACUAAUCUCGGACGAGUACAUUAUGCUGAAAUUCCAACGCCAGAUUUACUUUUUUUGACCGCGAAAUUUAAAAAUCCCAUAAGCGAAAUAAAAUUUUGGUUUACUGACAGUGAAAAUAUCCUUAUUGCUAUCGUGACAGAGAGUAAGGACUUAAAAUUUUGGCAUUGGAGUAGAAACAAAGAAAUUUCACCUUCAAUAACUUAUGGCGCUCAUCACAUAGAUGUAGGUCUCGACAAUCGAUGUUUUGUUAUGCAUAACCUUAAUUUCGUUGAAUUUAAAUAUGUGGACAAUCGACUAUUUCCUAUGAGACAAUGUCGGAUUCCUUAUGAUAAUUUAGCUGAAUCAAGAUUUCUUUCGAUGUACAACCUAAGCAAUAAAUUUAUAGUCAUGGUAAAAAAUGGAGCAGUAAUUAUUGUAUAUGAGAUAAAUUUUCCCAGCACAUAUUCAGAAGAUUUGACUUUGGAAGAAUCAUAUAUAAGUAAUUAUAACAUGACUUUUAAUGAAAAUAAAUAUAUUGCAUCUUCUAUACCAAUAAAAGAGUCUGGAUUUGUCAUGAAUGAAGAAGAAAUACUUGUUACUGAUAAAUAUCUAGAACAAGAGUGGGUACAUUAUAAAUUAAACAAACGAUACACUGAUGCGACUAAGGGUAAACUUGUACACGGUUCUAUGUUUGCAAAUAUUUAUUUUCUUUGUUGGGAUUCAGGAAUGGUUGAUAAAGUUACUAUCAAGAAAACUAAAAAUAAAACCGGAUUUGUAAUAAAAAAGUUUAAAAAGUCACUGACGUUUAACGAACCAAUCAUCGCUAUUAAUUUUACAGAAUCAAAUAAUAAUUUGUAUGCCAUUUUUACUACUAAAAGAUCAUCAUAUUAUUUUACUAAAUAAUUAACGAAUACUUUUAACAUAAUUUAAAUAUUGUUGCUUACUGAUUUAUAUUUAAUAUCUGAUAUACUGAUAUAAAUAUACUUAUUUAUAUUGAUGUUUAAUCAAGUGUAUGAUUAUAACUAUAAUUUAAAUAAAUAAUUUUUUGAAAUAAUAAUGUAUUUAAUUGCUAAAUAUUAAUUUAAAAGUAAAUCUUGAGUCCUGUCA